UUAUGGUCUGGAGUGAAAAGGAGGAAAAGAAAAAGAAACGUAAAAAUGUGGUUUGUGGGGGUUGCUUUUGUUUAGUUUUGUAAUAGUGUUGUGUUUCCCUUUUAUCUGAGAUAGCAACUGAUCUUUUUUUUGCUUUCCUAAUAUGUUUUCUGUUGUGGGUAUUGGUUGGUACGAGUGGCAGUUGUUUAAUUUUGAUGGAGUUCCUUUGAAGGGAUUGUUUGUAUUGUUUGUUGUUGUUAGUUUUGCUUUGAUUUGUAUUAUGCAAAAUACUACUCAUUAAGUGCUGGGUAUCUCUCUGAUCAGCAUUUCAUUUCUUUUCUGCACAUGUAUUGUUUCAGAGAGGUCUUCUGACAUUGCUGUGUGUAUAUGCGUGCUGGUGGGUCAGGGAGAAGGCUAAUUUGACCAUUGCUGUUUCUUGUUUGUUACUUAUAAUAGCGGGUGAAAUAUGCAGACUCCAAAAGAGAGUAGGAAUGGCUCAUCAGAAAUGCCUCAGAGGACACCUCCUUCCACAAAAUCUUCCCAGAAGUCAUCUCCCACAACAAAUCGGAUUGCUCGGCCACUCAAGGUGGCAGGAUCAGGUUCUGGAUCAAUUGCUUCUCCAAAUUCUUUGAGUAAGACACCUAAAAAAAGGAGUCCUAAAGUCUUGGAACGUGGAUCACCACGAAGCCCAAUGAAUGAGAAGCAUACCCCCAGCAAAUUGUCGGAGCUAGAAUAUCAGCUCUCUCAACUUGAAGCUGAGUUUAAGAAGGCAAAGGACCAGCUGAUCUUAUCUGAAACACUAAAGCAGCGUACCCAACAAGAGUCUGAAGAAACAAAGAAACAGCUCUUAGUCAUGUCGGCAAGACUUGAAGAGUCUCAGCAGCAGCUGAUGGAGCUUUCUACUUGUGAGGAUUCUCGGGUUCAAGAACUCCGCAAACUGUCUCAAGAACGUGAUCGAGUUUGGCAAUCUGAGCUUGAGGCUAUCCAAAAGCAGCACUCUAUGGAUUCUGCUGCAUUGGCCUCUGCCCUAAAUGAGAUCCAGAAACUUAAAAGACAGCUUGAAAAGGUGGCUGAGUCUGAAGCUACACAGAGUAUGCAUGCAGAAACAGCACAUUCUGAGAUAGAAAAUUUAAGGGUGGAGCUUUCUGAAACUUUUUCGCUGGUUGAGAGUAUGAGAAAGCAGCUUAAUGACUGCAAAGGAUCUGAAGCUCACGCAUUGCAAGUGGCUAGAGAGGCCCAGAUGCAAUUAGAGGAAACCAUGAAAAGUGCAGAGAGUCUACGAUCUGAGGGCCUCAAGGCUAAGGAGGCUUACAAUAGUUUGAUGUCAGAAUUAGAACAGUCAAAAGGUGAAGUCACUUUACUAGAAAACAUGGUGAGGAAGCUCAAGGAAGAUUUGGAAACUAAAAGCCAAAAUUCAUCAGAAGAGAUCAUGCCCAAGGAGGAUGGUGAAGACAAGAAAGGUGAAUCCGGUGAGCUCGAAGCUGAAAUCAACUCAUUAAAACUAGAGAUUGAUCAAUUAAAGUCUGCAUUAGAAGCUUCUGAACUUAGAUACGAGGAAGAGUAUAUCCAAAGCACAUUACAAAUUAGAAAUGCGUAUGAUCAAGUGGAGCGGGCAAAGGCAGACUCUUGUGCUAAGGUGGCUGAAUUGGAGGAAGAGUUAAAGAAAGCAAAAGGUGCCAUUGAAGAGCUGAAAUCAGAGACGAUGACUAAAAAAACAAUAAUAAAAGAUAUAUCAGAAAAUAACAAAGAACUAAGCAUCAAAAUUGAGGAAUAUGAGACGAGUCCCAAGAAGUCUGAACUUGAGGUGGAACUGAAGAAGUUGAACACAGAACUCCAGGAUCUUAAGGAAGCUUUGUUGGACAAGGAGACUCAAUUUCAGCAUACCACAGUGGAGAAUGAGAUGCUAAAAGCAGAGAUACAGAAAAGAGAGGAGAGCAGCCAAAAAAACAAUGAAGCAGCUGCAUUAGCAGAAGCAGCAAAGGCUGCUGAAAGAGAUGCGUUGGUGAAACUUGGGUGCGUAACUGAGGAGGCAGAUAAAAGUAGUCAGAGAGCUACAAGAGUUGCUGAACAGCUAGAUGCAGCGCAGACUGCAAACGCAGGAUUGGAAGCCGAGCUAAGGAGAUUGAAAGUUCAGUCAGACCAAUGGAGGAAGGCAGCUGAAGCAGCUGCUAAUAUGCUUUCAGCUGGGAGCAAUGGAAAGUUUGUGGACCGCACAAUUUCUCUUGAUAGUGGCUAUAAUACUCUUGCUGCAAAGAUGGACUCUCCUCUUUCAGAUGACAUGGAUGACGACUCACCCAAAAAGAAAAAUGGUAACAUGUUGAAGAAGAUUGGGGUGUUAUGGAAGAAGGGUCAAAAAUAAGAUGCAUCUAAAACGAAAACUGUUGUACUGUGUUUAAAAUAUCUUCUUUUAGAAUCUCUUUGAUGUUUUUGGUAGAUUGUGGCAAUGUAAUCGUGUAUGUGGUUGGAAGGAAAAAUCUCUAGCAAGACAAAUGCUUUUACAGAGUGUUUGUAUAGUUCAGCGGACACUUAAUUCCAGUUAUUCCAUUACUAUGUGCUUAAUACAUGCUCGUUCUUGAGCUGAUGGUUGAGUUCACCCUCUAUGCUAUUCAACUAAAUUUCAAAA